AUUCUAAUUUCUAGUGACUCUUUCCUUUAAAUCGUAUCAUAUUAAUAUUAUUAAUCAAUAAUCGUAAUGAUGUGAGAAUUAUUUAGAGGAGGAACGACAAAAUGCCGAGUCGUAAACAGCCGACUAAAAUUUUUACCUUGAACGGCUUGAAUAAGGAGUCUUAUAAUCGCAUUAUGUUGAUAAAUUGUAGUACAGAUUAUAAAUUAUAUUAACAACUGUACAAAGUCUUCAUUCUACAACAUCUGAAAUUGCAGUAUACAAGUGCACUUAUAAUUGUUGAGAUAAAGAAGCAGUAGACAUUUUGUUGUUUUUUAGUUUUUUGUCACAAUGGUACAAGCUUGGUUCAUGAAAGAAAAUUGGAGUGGUGAUCAACGUGAAGAACAUCAUAUGGAGCCGCCUGAAUUUAUUGAUUUGGAUACUUUAUUUAAACUCACUUUAGUGGAACAUUUCAAAGUUAAUGAAUCAGAUCCCACUAAUGAUAAACUUUUAAACUCUAUUAAAAAAGAUCGAGGUUACUCUUACGAGGACGAGAUAACAUGUUCUAAAGAAUGCUUACCAAAUUAUGAAAGUAAAUUGAAAAUGUUUUUUGAAGAGCAUUUACACACAGAUGAAGAAAUUCGAUUGGUUUUGGAAGGUUCAGGUUACUUUGACGUUAGAGAUGGAAUAAAUGACAAAUGGAUUCGUAUUAAAGUUGAACCUGGUGAUUUGUUAAUAAUUCCAAAGGGAAUUUAUCAUCGUUUCACUUUAGAUACAAAUAAUUUUAUCAAAGCCAAAAGAUUCUUUGUAGGAGAACCUGUCUGGACACCGCAUAAUAGACCUGCAGAUAAUAUGGAUUGCAGAAAGGAAUAUUUGAAUCAAAUAAUGUCUUGUUAAAUACAGUAUAUAUUUAUAUAUAAAAAUAUUUUAAUGUUAAUAAUUCAAUUGCCA